AUGUAUAGCUAUAUAUACAAGAAUUUAAUCAAGAACAUUGCUAAUGUUUCUUUGAAAACAGCCCCUUUGUGUUUCUUAAAUCAACGUCUUUUCUCAGAUACUGUAAAAAAUACUUCUACUGUGUCUCUUUUCAAGAAUUAUGGAUUUACUGAGCCUCAAAUUACUACUCUUUUGAGUAAGCGGCCUUCAUUGUUAUCUUUAAGUGAGGAUAAAAAUAUUAGGCCUAGAUUGGAUGUAUUUGCUUCAUAUGGGUUUUCUUCUGCUGAUAUAUAUCAGAUACUUGUUUCGGAUAUCGAUAUCUUGAGACGUGGUAUUAAGAAUCAGAUUGUACCUUGUUGCGAGUUUUUGAAGAGUGUGGUUAAGGAUAAUGAGAGUUUUAUUGCUACUGUUAAGCGGUCUACUUGGGUACUUAAGCACGAUUAUAAGCACAAUUUGCAACCCAAUAUUGAAGUUUUGCGGGAUUAUGGGGUUCCUGAGUAUAGGAUUGUGAGGUUUCUACAGGUUCAGCCGAGGGUGUUGAUGUUAGGGAGUGAUAGAUUUAAAGUGGUCGUUGGAGAGGUUCUUGAAAUGGGGUUUGAGCCGGUUAAGGGUCAUUUCCUAACAGCUAUCAAUGCGCUUGUUGGAUUAAGUAAGGAAAAUCGAGAGCGGAAGUGGGAUUUGUUUAAGAAGUGGGGUUGGACAGAUGAUGAAAUUCUUUUGGCUUUUAGGAAGCAGCCUAAUGUUCUUGUUGUUUCGGAGGAGAAGCUAGAGCGGGUGUUCGGUUUUUUGAUUAAGAAAAUGGGAUGGAAUGCGGCGGAUGUCUGGUCUUGUCCUAUCGUCAUUUUGCAUAGCUUGGAGAACUGGACUAUGCCACGGUGUUUAGUUGUUCAGUUUUUGCUGUCGAAAGGUGUAUUGCCUAAGGACACAACCUUGAACAAUUUUAUAGUACCAAUGGAGAAUCGGUUUAAAAAUAAGUACGUGGAUAAAUAUUGUUUGAAAUAUCCACAAGUACUCAAGUUGUAUAAAAGGACAGUGGAAGCGUAG